AUGUCACAAAACAAAGUAGAGGAUGUGUACAUGAUGGAGAGCAACAGUAGAAUUCAAACAAGAAGAACAAGCAGGUCAGCUCGCUCUGCAUCGCCCGUCAUGGAGGAAGAUGUCGCUUCUCCUGUAUCCUCUGAUGAGCUUAAUCCAAACAUUGGCAGCCAAGUAACUAGCAACAGCCUCGCCUCCAAUGGCGGUCGUGUUACGCGGUCUCAAUCUGUGGAAAGCAGUGGCUAUGAAACUACCGAUUCAAGAAAGAGAAAGAGAAAAGCAAAGAGCAGCAACCAGAGCAGCAACAAAAAGAGAGUAGGUAGUGCCAGCAGCGAUGCGUACUCGAAAGCAACUCCUCCUCUUCCAGCAUCGGCAUCAGCAACACCCGCAACACCAGCAGCAGCCAUGUCCUCAUCAUCCACACCUCCCAUGAAUUCAAAUGUGCAAAAUGGCAGUAAUUUAAAUGGAGACGGCGAACGUGAAACAAGAAAUACCGCCCAAAGGAUUUCCAAAGAAGCGAGAGAAGCCAAGAAAGCACAAAGAGAUAUCAUCAUCAAAGAAAGAUUAACUGAAUUGGACAAGCUUGAAAAGGCUGUCAAGGAUGGAUCACACUCUGAAUACCACAGGCUAUUGAGCGACAUUGAGUCCAAGAGAACAAAGAUGCUGAGCGUAGCGGAAAUGCGUCGAUCCCUUGCUGAGGGUAAUGUCAACAACUUUUUCAAUUCCCAGAAAUAUGCUGCAUAUUCGCAAUACUAUUGGGACAAGUUAGCCCUCCGACGAUCCAUGAUACAGCAUGUGCAACACAAAAUCAACACAUUGGAACAGGAAUACUACUCAAAUCAUGUCCAAAGAUUAACAGAGGACGACGCUGAAAACGAUAUCGAAUGGGCAAAACAAGAUCCCACUGCUGACGAGCCCAUCUAUGCUGCUUCCUAUCAGCAACAACAAUACCCCAACAAGCAACACCAAUCAUCUCCACCUCCACCUCCUUCUAGCUCUUAUUUUCGACAUGACACACCGCCUACCACAUCGACUCGUGAUUCUCCACCUCUGGAUACGUUGGCAUCGCUGGCCGAUCGUCAACAUCAAAAGGACUUUAAAGAAGAGCCUACUGAAAAGUCCUUUACCUUACCACCAUUAAACCCAUGGCGAUACAAUCAGAGACCACCAUUGCCUACUUGA